CCGACCCGACCCGACCCGACCCGACCCUUCCCGGCCAUGCUUUCCGCCCCAUGGCCCCAGUGGAGCUCGACGCGCUGACCGUGCGGGAGCAGCUUUUCCAUGAACGUGUCCGCGAAUGCCUCAUCUGCGCCCUGCUCUUCGCCAGCCUCUACAUCCUCUGCCAUUUUGUCAUAAGGCACUUCAAGAAGCAGACGGAUUUUGCAGCAGUGCACGAUGAUGAGGAUGCCGCUGUCAACAGGAUUGCGUUGGGGCUGUGCACCUUCACCCUGGCCGUGGCGUUGGGCGCCGUGCUGCUGCUCCCCUUCUCCAUCAUCAGCAACGAGGUGCUGCUCUCCUUCCCCCACAACUACUACAUCCAGUGGCUGAAUGGGUCCCUCAUCCAUGGCCUCUGGAACCUGGUCUUUCUCUUCUCCAACCUGUCCCUCGUCUUCCUCAUGCCCUUUGCGUACUUCUUCACGGAGUCGGAGGGGUUUGCGGGAUCCAAGAAGGGCAUCAUGGCUCGUGUGUACGAGACGUCCGUGGUGCUGCUGCUGCUGACGCUGCUGGUGCUGGGCAUGGUCUGGGUGGCCUCUGCCAUCGCUGGCAACGGCGCUGUGAGCCGGCAGUCCCUCUAUGACCUCUGGGAAUGCUACCUGCCCUACCUCUACUCCUGCAUCUCGCUCUUUGGCGUGCUGCUCCUGCUGCUGUGCACCCCGUUCGGCCUCUCCACCAUGUUCACCGUCACCGGGAAGCUGCUGGUGAAGCCCCGGCUCCUGGAGGACCUGGAUGAGCAGCUGAGCUGCACGAGGUUUGAGGAGGCCGCCGUGUCCCGCAGGAUCGCAUCUGGGAAGGCUUCCUGCUGGCUCAACCUGAACGUGGCACUGCUGCGGGAGCAGCUCCUCAGCAUCCGGAGCGAGAGGAAGAAGCUGGAGCUGCGGCACCGAGCCUCGCCCUGGCAGAGGAACGUGGGCUACCCGCUGGCCAUGCUGGGCCUCCUGGCACUGACGGGCGUCUCAGUGCUCAUCGUCUGCUUCCACGUCCUGGAGCUGCUGCUGGACGACACCGCGAUGCCACGGGGGAUGCAGGACGCGGCCCUGGGCCAGGUCUCCUUCUCCAUCCUCGGUUCCUUCGGAGCUGCGCUGCAGGUUGUCCUCAUCUUUUACCUGAUGCUCUCCUCCGUCGUGGGUUUCUACAGCUCCCCUCUCUUCACUCGGCUGCUCCCCGAGAGGCAGGACACCCCCCUGACCAAGAUCAUCGGGAACUGCGUCUCAUUGCUGGUGCUCAGCUCCGCCCUGCCCGUCUUCUCCAGGACGCUGGGAAUCACUCGCUUCGACCUCCUGGGGGAUUUUGGCCGCUUUAAUUGGUUGGGGAACUUCUACAUCGUCUUCAUCUACAACAUGGGCUUCGCGGCGCUCACCACCCUCUGCCUGGUGAAGAGGGUGACGUGGGCUGUGCAGCAGGAGCUCAUCCGUGCCUUUGGUCUGCACAAACUGCCGCUGUCUGUCUCGCGUUCCCGGCCCCAGGGAGAGCAUUGCUGAGGCUGUGGGGGUGUCCCCUAUGGACCCCCCCCUCUCUCCACGGUGCUCUGUGGGUUUUGGAGCCCUGUCAGAAGAGCUGGGACCACAGGGGGGGGGGGGGGGGCCUCACUCCAUUUCCCUCCCCCCCCGACUCCAUCUCAGUCUACUGUGCUACUGAGCCACGUCCUCCAUACAGACCCCCAGUGGGGCUGUGCUGGCUGCAGCCCCCCCCUUUACACUUUUACAUACCUCAUUUCCCCCCCCCUGCCCAGCACUGCCCCCCUUUAUUUGGUUUUAAAUCCCCCCCCGUUUCAUUGUGACACUGAAUGGAGCCCCCUUUGCCCCCAUCCCUGUGUUGUCUUGGGGGGGGGGGGGCACAGGUUGUCCCCCUGCGUCAAGUUGUUCAGGUCUCUGUUACCAUGUUUGGAGCAAUAAACGAAGCUUCUUUUUUAUUUAA